UCCUCCUCCUCCUCCUCCUCCUUUCUCCCACCGUCCGAUCACAAUCCAGUCCACCAGAAAUCAACAACCAAUACCGAUACAACAAUUUCAGCCCUUCGAUGGCGAUUAUAAUCGUAGUCCUCAUCGCCGCCCUCUUCUUAAUGGGUUUCUUAUCCAUCUAUAUCCGCCACUGCUCCAACUCCUCCAAUGGCAACAGCGUCCGCGCCGUCCUCUCCAUGCGCUCCCGACGCGCCGCCGCAGCGCGUGGCCUAGAUCCAUCAGUCAUCGAAAAGUUUCCCACUUUCGCCUACACCGAAGUCAAAGACCGGAAGAUCGGAAGGGAGCCUUGGAAUGCGCGGUCUGUCUCAAUGAAUUUGAAGACGAUGAGACACUUC